AUGGAGCUGGUGGGGGGAGGCACCCACACCACUACAAGACUCCUGCUGGGGGCCAUUGCUGUGCUGCUGUUUGCCAUCCUGGUGGUGAUGAGCAUCUUGGCAUCGAAGGGCUGCAUCAAGUGUGAGGCGCCCUGUCCUGAGGACUGGCUGCUUUAUGGGCGGAAGUGCUACUACUUCUCAGAGGAGCCAAGGGACUGGAACUCAGGCCGCCAGUCCUGCCACACCCACGAGGCCGCGCUGGCCGUGAUCCAGAGCCAGAAGGAACUGGAGUUCAUGUUCAAGUUCACAAGGAGGGAGCCUUGGAUUGGCCUGCGCCGAGUGGGGGACGAAUUCCACUGGGUCAACGGGGACCCAUUUGACCCCGACACGUUCCCAGUGUCGGGCCCAGGGGAGUGCGUGUUUGUGGAACCCACUCGGCUGGUGUCCACGGAGUGUCUGACCACGCGACCCUGGGUGUGCAGUAAGAUGGCCUACACGUGA